UUCUUUUAAUUUUGAUGAUUAUAACUGACAACUAGGAAAAUCCCAAAUUUAGUAUCUCAGAAAAUUAGAAUAUUACUUAAGACCAAUACAAAGAAAGGAUUUUUAGAAAUCUUGGCCAACUAAAAAGUAUGAACAUGAAAAGUAUGAGCAUGUACAGCACUCAAUACUUAGUUGGGGAUCCUUUUGCCUGAAUUACUGCAGCAAUGCUGCGUGGCAUGGAGUCGAUCAGUCUGUGGCAAUGCUCAGGUGUUAUAAGAGCCCAGGUUGCUCUGAUAGUGGCCUUCAGCUGUUCUGCAUUGUUGGGUCUGGCAUAUCGCAUCUUCCUCUUCACAAUACCCCAUAGAUUUUCUAUGGGGUUAAGGUCAGGCAAGUUUGCUGGCCAAUUAAGAACAGGGAUACCAUGGUCCUUAAACCAGGUACUGGUAGCUUUGGCACUGUGUGCAGGUGCCAAGUCCUGUUGGAAAAUGAAAUCUGCAUCUCCAUAAAGUUGGUCAGCAGCAGGAAGCAUGAAGUGCUCUAAAACUUCCUGGUAUACGACUGCGUUGACCUUGGACCUCAGAAAACACAGUGGACCAACACCAGCAGAUGACAUGGCAUCCCAAACCAUCACUGACUGUGGAAACUUUACACUGGACCUCAAGCAACGUGGAUUGUGUGCCUCUCCUCUCUUCCUCCAGACUCUGGGACCCUGAUUUCCAAAGGAAAUGCAAAAUUUACUUUCAUCAGAGAACAUAACUUUGGACCACUCAGCAGCAGUCCAGUCCUUUUUGUCUUUAGCCCGGGCGAGACGCUUGUCUGUUGUUCAAGAGUGGCUUGACACAAGGAAUGCGACAGCUGAAACCCAUGUCUUGCAUACGUCUGUGCGUAGUGGUUCUUGAAGCACUGACUCCAGCUGCAGUCCACUCUUUGUGAAUCUCCCCCACAUUUUUGAAUGGGUUUUGUUUCACAAUCCUUUCCAGGGUGCGGUUAUCCCUAUUACUUGUACACUUUUUUCUACCACAUCUUUUCCUUCCCUUCGCCUCUCUAUUAAUGUGCUUGGACACAGAGCUCUGUGAACAGCCAGCCUCUUUUGCAAUGAACUUUUGUGUCUUGCCCUCCUUGUGCAAGGUGUCAAUGGUCGUCUUUUGGACAACUGUCAAGUCAGCAGUCUUCCCCAUGAUUGUGUAGCCUACAGAACUAGACUGAGAGACCAUUUAAAGGCCUUUGCAGGUGUUUUGAGUUAAUUAGCUGAUUAGAGUGUGGCACCAAGUGUCUUCAAUAUUGAACCUUUUCACAAUAUUCUAAUUUUCUGAGAUACUGAAUUUGGGAUUUUCCUUAGUUGUCAGUUAUAAUCAUCAAAAUUAAAAGAAAUAAACAUUUGAAAUAUAUCAGUCUGUGUGUAAUGAAUGAAUAUAAUAUACAAGUUUCACUUUUUGAAUGGAAUUGGUGAAAUAAAUUAACUUUUUGAUGAUAUUCUAAUUAUAUGAUCAGCACCUGUAUAUCAGUUCACUUUAUAUAUAACAGCCAUAUUUCAGUAACAAGUUAAAGUUAAAAACUAGAAAAACCAUAUCUGAUCAGAAGUUGAGGGUUGUAUCUUCUACCGAACACACAAAGAUUGCACAGAAAGAAUAUAGGAUGGUGUACAGGCCACAGGCAAAUUAAAAUAUCUCUUAUAUUUAGCUUUUUUGUUACAUUAAAUGAAAUGGGGGUGGUGAUGGAGGAUGACAAUUAUUUUGAACAAGGAAAUUAAAAUGUGCAUUCACCACAUUUUUUACGUUCAGGACUGAUUUAGAAAAUUGAUCAUUUGUUUGAUCAUCUCUUAUUAGAAUCCAGCAGAGUUGAUCUGUGUGAGCAGUCAUGGACGGGAGUCUGUUUGUGCUGCUUCUGCUGUCAGGGCUCUUCUGGAGCAGUUCUGCUCUUUCUCAUCAGUACCACUAUAUCAAUGUGAGAAUGUUGUGGCCAGAGGCUCAGAGUUACUGCAGAGAGAAGUACACUGACCUGGCUACUGUAGACACCAUGGAUGAUGUGAACAGGCUGGUAAAUAUAGUGGAUGCUGGAUACAGUGGAUCAGUGUGGAUUGGACUGAAGAGAGGGACACAGAAACACUGGGCUUGGUCUAAUGGAGAAAAUGCAUUAUUACAGUACAGUGCUUGGAUGAAAGGUGAACCGAGUAGUUCAGGUGAAUGUGUUUUGUCUGGAAGUGGAUUUUGGAUAACUUAUUCAUGCUCAGCAUUAUCAUUUGUUUCAUGCUACAAUGAAACUGGAUACAUCUAUAUACCAGUUAGAAUGAGCUGGAGUGAUGCUCAAAACUACUGCAGACAGAAUUACAAAGAUCUGCCCACUAUCUACAACUCUCAGGAACACAAACAGCUAACUCAGCUUAUUCCUUAUCCGAGGACUGCUUGGAUUGGUCUGUUUCUGGACUCUUGGGAAUGGUCUGACAAACGGAGCCUCUUCUUCAGAUACUGGGCAGCAGGUCAACCAUCCCAGAGUUCAGGAUCUGACUGUGUCGGCAUGUCAAGAAACAAUUCUGGGAAAUGGGCUCAAUACAGCUGUGAUCUACAGCAUCCUUUUAUCUGCUAUCAAGGUGAGUUUCCCCAGUUAACAGAAUUAAAUGGCUCAAACAAGAGAUUUGUAGAUCACUCUUGAAACAGACAUUACAAAAAACAGAUGUUUUCAUUUAUUGAUGUAUCUUCGUAGUGAUUGAUGAUGACAAACUCUUUAUUUCUCUAGAGGACAUGUUAAUUAAAAAGCAGAUUGUCAGACUGAAAUUGUCCUGUAAUGGUAAUUGCACAUUGAAUGAUCCUUCACUACAGACUGCCAUCCUGAAUGAGGUUUGUAUCCGCCUUAAACACUAUGUUCAGUUUCAGUGUCAAAUUUUGAAUGCAUAUUUUGAAUGCCAUGACAGCCACCCACAACACUCUUAUUGUAGUGAGUUUUGAGCAGGCAAGCACCUCCCAUAUCACAAUGUUGCUGUUAUUAGGUUUUAUUUAAUUCUUUUUUGCUGGUC